AUGGGGUGUGCAUUUAGUAAAGUAAAAGAAAAAAAAGGAAAUGAUAAGAGUAAUUCAAUAAAAGUCAGUACUGAUAAUUAUAAUGAACUAAAAAUAGACAUCUUAAAUGAAGGUGCUACUAGCACCAUUAGUAACACAAAAAGGGAAACUUAUAAAAAUAAGUUUAAUGAAGUAUCUAACAAAUAUGCUGUUAAAAAUAGCAAUACAAAUAAUAAUAAUGAAAUCAUAAAAAAUAGUACCAAAGGUUUUACUCAAUUAAAUGAUAAAAAAAAAGGGGAAGAACAAAGGAACAAAUAUCAAAAAACUUCUUUACUUAAAAGUAAAAAGUUUAUAGAAGAAAAAAAAAAAGAAAAGGAAAAGGAAAAACAAAUAGAACAAAUUGAAGUAAUAAAAUAUAAAGAAAAAAAAAAAGAAUAUGAAAAAAAAGAAGAAAUAAUAUGUAAAACGAAGUAUAAAGAAGUAGAAAAAACUGAAAAACAAAAUAAAAGAAAAGAGAGACAAAAAAAUAAUGAAGAAAAUAUAAAAGAAAAGGAAAAGGAAAAGGAAAAGGAAAAUAAAUUUGAAAAUAAUUCCUUUAAAGGAAUUAUAAAUACCAUCAAUAAUAAUUUGAUAAAAAAAAAAUGCUCUUCGAGAGAUAAGAAAAAUUGUAGUUCUAUAUGUAAAAUAGAAGGAUUACUUUUGGAAAAAAAGAAAAAAUUAUUAUGUAAAAAUAAAAAGGAAAUAUUUAUAAAAGAAAAUAAAAAUAAAAAUGAAAAAAAUAAUAAUUUUUGGAUGAAUUAUAAAAAUAAGGAAGAAAAAAUGAAUGCAAAUGAAAAAAAUAAAGAAGUUUUACUUUAUUAUCAUGAUUUCAAAAAUAUUAAAUUGAAAAAAAAUUAUUUCAUGUAUAUAUAUGAAUUUUAUAAAUAUAAUAAUAAUGCAUUUAAUCUAUUUUCAUUAAUGCCUAGUCAUAUUGCUGAAAAUACUCAUGCAUCAAAGAUAUUAUUCGAAAGUUCUUUAAUUGGGAAAUAUAUAAUACUACCAUGGAUAGAAAAUGAUCCUGAUAUAAAAAAUAAUUUAUAUUUGAAGUAUGUUUUAAAUUAUAUUCAAAAAAAGAAAGAAUUAGGAUGUAUAAACGACUAUGAAGAAAAUGGGGAAAUUAACUACUGUGGUUUUUUUCAAAAUAAAAAUGAACAUAUAGAAACAAAUAAUUUAUUAAGAUAUUCUUCUGCAAAUAAAAAUUAUUUGUGGAAGUUUGAAUCAGAAAAUACUUUGAAAAGAAAGAUAUGUAGCAUAAAUAGAAGUGGAAAAAGUAUAAAAAAGAAGGAUAAUAAAUAUAUAAAUAAUAGGAAUCUUAGUAUAGAUAAUUUGUAUAAGUUACAUAUUAGAAAAGAUUCUCUAUGUAAAUUGAAAAAUAGUAAAACAAAAAAAAAAAAAAAAAUUAAUAUAAAAAAUGUGAAAACAAUUAAUAAUUAUAUUGAAACAGGUAUAGAUGAUAGGUGUAUUAAGGAGAAGAACAGUUCUAAUAAAGAUAAAAAUAUAAAAAAAUUAGGUGAAUCUCCAACUCAAAAAAAAAAAGAAAACAAUAAAAUACAUUCAAUAAAUAAAUUAGAAUAUUGUGAAAAUUCUAACUUAAAGAAAGGAAAAAAUGAAAACAGAGAAAAAAUAAGUGAAAAAGAAAAAAUCAUAAAAAUGACACUUGAGGACAAAAUUGAAAAGAAAGAGUUAAAUGAACAAAUUAAUGAUGAAAUUUUAGAUUAUAAUUUAAAUAAUUAUGCAUAUAUAGAGAAUGGAAAAGUAAAAAGCAAACAUAACAAUUCUAAAGAGGGAGUUUUAAAUAAUAAUUACACUAAUAAGUAUGAUUAUUAUAUUGCAUCAAUAGAACAUACAAAAAAGAAAAAUAGUAGAGAAAACAAUGUAAAUAUGAAAAAUAAAAAUGAUAUAAAAAUUAUAAAGAAGAAAAAAAAUGUUGUUAAACCUUCAUUUUCAUUUGAAGAUAAUAUGAAGAUGAUGCUUACUAACAAAACUUUAGAACUUCAAAGUCAUUUAAAAAUUAAAAAAGGAGUAAUAGAAAAAGAAAAAGAGAAAAAAGAAGAAACAAUGAAAAAUAAAAGAGAAAAAGGAGCAAAAUGUAAAAAAGAAAAGGAAGUUAAAAAAGUAAAUGAUAAUGAAUAUAAAAAGAAAGAUAUAAGUAGUACUAUAAAUGAAAUCGAUGAAGAAUAUAACAAAAGAAAAAAAAAAGAAUCAAAAGAAGAAAAUUAUAAUAAAAAAGUUAUAAGUAAGAAAUAUAAUGAAGUAAAUUAUAAUAAACAUUUAAAAAAUAAAAAUGUGAAUGAUUAUAAUAUACAAAAUGUGAAUAUAAAAGCUAAACGAAUAAAUGAAAUCCAUAAAAUGGCUUACGAAGAAAUUACUACAAAAAGAAAGAGUAAAUAUAAGAAAAUUAAAGAAUUAAAAAGUGAAAAUUAUAGUGAUGGAAAUUUUUAUUUAAAUAAAAAGAAAGAUAAUAAUAAUAAUAAUAAAGUUGAUCAAAUGACAAAAAAUGAGUUUAAUCAAAUGAAUAAAUUAGAAAUUACAAGAAAUACAUUAAAAGAAUGUGACCAUAAAUAUAAAUUAAAUGAAAAUUGUAUAAAAAAAAAUUAUAUGUCUUGUGGUAAAUGCAAUAAAAAAAGAUGUAUAUUUCAUUAUUUAAAUCGUUUUAAAUUAUAUGGAUGGUUAAACUUUAAAUGGACAGAUCCUGAUGGAUUCUUAGAAUUAAGUAACAGACAAAAAAAAAAAUUUUAUGCAUGGAAAAGGUUAUCAGAUUUAUAUGAUAAUCCAAUUGUUAUGUCUACAGAUUUAUAUAAUAAUUGUAUAAGACAAGGUUUUGUUGCGGAUUGUUCAUUUUUAUCUUCUUUAACAGUUUUAAUAGAAUACGAAAAAAAACAUAAAAUACCAGUUUUAUCAAGUAUUAUAUCUCCUUGCACAUCUCAUUAUUUGUAUGUUAAUAAAACUUGGCCUAUUUUUAAUCCAAGUGGUAUGUAUAUAUGUAGAUUGCACUGUAAUGGAAUUCAAAGAAAAAUAAUAAUUGAUGAUUAUGUGCCUGUUAAGAUUAAUAAUGCAUUAUUAGUAGCAUAUUCAAAUAACCAGAAAGAAUUAUGGGUUACUUUAUUAGAAAAGGCAUUUGUUAAAUUAAUGGGAGGUUCUUAUUCUAUGUUUGGUUCUAAUCCAGGUUCCGAUUUAUAUUACUUAACUGGAUGGAUUCCUGUUACAAUUUCUUUUAAAUCUAAGGUAAGAAGUUCUCCUCCCUCAUUUGAUAAAUCUACUAUACAUUCACUACAAAAAAAAAAAUCCAAAAUUAAGAAGAAUGAAUUCAGCAAAUUAAAAUAUUUCAUUGAAAGAAUCAAUGAAAAUAAACAGAAUAAUCUUAAUAAAUGUGUUAGAAAUAUACAUAAUAAAAGAGAAGGAGUAAAAAAAGCAUCCAGAAUAAAAAAAGGAGAAAAACUAAAAUGCAAAAAUAAGAAAGUUAUAAAAAGGAGACAAUUAGUAGUUCAUUCUAUGAAAAAGAAUAACUACACUAACAUGAUAUAUAAUUCAAAUAACUUAUGUAUAUUAAAUGAUAACACAUUGAAAAGUUGUGUUAACUUAAAUUUACAUCGAUUACAUAGAAAUUCUAACUAUUCCUAUUUAAGGAAGGAUUUUAUAAAAUACAGAAAGUUGAAAAUUUAUUGGAAUUUUAAAAGGUUAUAUUUAUCUCAAAAGAAGAAAAUAAAUAAAAGUAUAAAUAGCGUUUUUAUGAAAAAUCAAAAUGGGAAAAAAUAUAUAGAAGAUUCAUAUAAUGUUGAAUAUUUAAGUUCUUUGAAUACCCAAAUAAGUGAUAAUUUAAUAGAGAAAAAUUCAAUAAAAAACAAAAAUAAAGAAAUUAAUUCAGUUAACUUUAAUUUAGAAAAUAAUGUUUUAAUGGAACAUAGUUCAAUGAGGACUAACUUAAAAGAAGUAAAUUUAAAAAACACAACUUUGAUGAGUACUUGUAAAUUUAAUACUAACUUAGUAAGCAUUGAUUCAAUUAGAGACAUAUCAAUGAAGUGUGAUUCAUUUUACAUAAAUAAAGUUAAAAAAAAAUUACACAAAGAAGAUAAAGAUUAUGAAAUAUGUAAAAAUUAUGGAAAUAAAUUUAUAAAUGAAGAAGUAAGCAACAUGGAUUUAUCAUCUUACAUAUGUGGAUCUAUUGAUAAUUAUAGUGAUUUGAACAAAAAAGGAGAUAGUUUAAUUCAAGAAACAGAAAGUGAAGAAUAUGAUAAAAGGUGGGAUAUAAUAUGGAAUCAUAUUUAUGAUGGCAUAAAAAAGGGAAAAUGUGUGGUUUGUUUAGGAACCUUAGAAUUAAAAGAUGCAGCACCAUCUGGAUUAGAUUACCCUGAAGGAGUAUCUAUGUCAACCGGAAUUGUAACUAGACAUGCUUAUUCUAUUUUAAAUAUUGAAACACAUAAUGAAGAUAAAUUAUUAUAUAUAAAAAAUCCGUGGGGAUGUAUUAGGUGGAAAGGUAAAUAUUCACAUCAUGAUGUUACAACAUGGACAAAAGAAUUGCAAAGAAAAUUAAAUUAUUCUAUAGAAAAAGCAAAAAGUAAAGAUGAUGGAUGUUUCUGGAUACCUUGGAAAGAUGUUGUGAAAUAUUUUUCACAUAUAUAUAUAUGUUGGAAUAGUGUUAUUUUUGCUUAUCAAUUUGAAAUUCAUACUAAAUGGGAAAAUAGUGCUUUUUUAAAUUCCUCAAUAUUAUUAGAUGACACUCAUUUAGUAGCUUAUAAUCCUCAAUUUGCCUUACAUGUAAAUGUGAGAAAGCAAGAUUUAUCAGAAGAUGGUUUAUAUUAUAUAGGAAAGAAACCCAUUGAAAUUUGGGUUCUUUUGUCAAGACAUGUUAAAGAAAGAAAAACGGAUGUUUCUCAAAAAUAUUUAGCCUUACAUGUUCAUGCAGGAAAGGACAGAAUAAUUUGCCCAUUAUUUCCAAUUAAGCAAGGAAUUUAUUCUAAUGGGGAAUGCACUUUUACAAAAUUAGUGAUUGGUGGAAUAGAAGAUAAUUAUAAUUAUGAUGUAAAGAAACAAAAAAAUACUACAUCAUUUAAUGAAAAUAAUUUCAAUGUUUCUCUGGAGAGUGAACAAGAAGUUUUGAGAAAUGUUGAUUUUGUAUUGAUUGUGUCUCAAUAUUCUCAAAAAGAAGAAUUUAAUUUUACAUUAAAAGUUUUUAGUCACACACAUUUGUCAUUAUAUGAGUUACCCCCUUUAAUGCCAGAAAAUUAUGAAUCUUUUUAUUUUAAAGGAGAAUGGACAAAUAAAAGUGCAGGUGGAUGCUCAAAUAAUUUGUGGUCUUAUUUUAGAAAUCCGCAUAUACGUUUUUAUGUUCCUGAAGAGUCUCCUUUUUGUAUAUUUUUAGAGUGUUCCCAAGAACAUUCCGUUAAUUUAAGAAUUUUUAAAGGUAUAACAUCUUCUCCUAGAGGAUUAAAAAAGGGAGAAGUUAUAUCAAGUGGAGCAUAUAAGGCUGGUUGUUGUUAUAUUGAAUGCACUUUAAAAAGUGGAGUUUAUUGUCUUAUUCCUUCUUUAUACAGAGCAAACACUACAGGUAACUACCAAAUAUGUAUACAUUAUCCUAAAUUUAAACAAAAACCGAUUUUGUAUUUUAUUCCGUAUGCAUAUACUUUACCUCCUUUUUCUAUUUUUAAAUACGAAGUUAUCCAUUUAUGUUCUUUAAAAAAUUAUUCAGUAAUUUUAUUUCAUACCACUUCAGUCACUUUACUAUCAUUAAGAAUCACUUUUUUUCAAAAUGUGGAUAUUAAAGGAAUACCGUUAGUUAAUAUAUAUAAACUAGUAAACUCAACAGAUACUAUUACCAAUGAUUGCGAAAAUGGAAAUAUUAUAAAAAAUAAUUCUUUCAAUACUACAAUUUCAUAUAAUGGAUCAAUAUAUAAAAUAAUUGAAAAAUGCAAUAUACAUGGUAGUUCAGGUAAUAAUAUUCUUCCCCUUUCUACAUGUGCUUAUGAUUAUUACAUAAAAUUUAAUUCUGUCCUAAUAUCACUAGUAGAGUUAGAAGAUGAUCUUACAUCUUAUUUAUUACUUAUAACAACAAAUAUAAAAGAAGAUAUUCUGUAUAAUCAUGAAGCCCAUUUUAUUUCUGACAAACCAGUUAUUAUAGAUAAGUAUUAUCCUAUUCAUUAA